AUGGCUUCAAUAUCUCCUUCUUUCACGUUCCUCUCGCUUCUUAUUAUCAUCUUCUCUUUCGCAUUUCUUCAAACAACAAUGGCCGCAGACCCGGACAUAAUCACAGAUUUCGUAGUCCCACCAGAAUUAGUCAAAGGCGGAAUUGACGGAAACUUCUUCACGUUUACCGGCAUGCGAUCCCUCGUCGGAGAAGAACCUUCUUCGACCUUCAAGGUCUCAAAGGUGGGCAUCACGGAAUUCCCGGCUCUCAACGGCCAAAGCGUGUCCUACGCAGUUCUUCAGUACCCGGCCGGGACUACCAACCCGCCGCACAUUCAUCCCCGCUCCACCGAGCUCCUCUUAGUACUCGAAGGCGCUCUGGACGUGGGCUUCAUCGACACCACUAACAAGUUGUUCACUCAGUCGCUGCAGGCCGGCGACAUUUUCGUGUUUCCCAAGGGUUUGGUGCACUUCCAGUACAACUCCGAUCCGCAGAAUUUUGCGCUGGCGAUAUCGGCGUUCGGGAGUGCUAACGCCGGCACGGUGUCGCUUCCCAACACUUUGUUCGCCACAGGUGUUGAUGACAAUGUGUUGGCUAUCUCUUUCAAGACUGAUGCUGCAACCAUUCAGAAGCUCAAGGCUGGUCUUGCUCCAAAGGCCUAA